AUGAAUGCCCCAAAGGUAGACAAGGUCAAGAUGCCUACCAUAGAGCCUUUCGCUGGAACUACCAAUCCUGAUGAGCACUUAGCUGCAUAUGCCGCGCAAAUGAGUGUGCAAACAAGUUGCGAGGCCACAUUGUGUAAGUAUUUUCCCACUACUCUAAAGGGACAAGCCUUGUUGUGGUUCCAAAAGUGUGUGCCUAAAGGUAGUAUCCAUAGCUACCAAAACUUGGAACGUGUGUUUGUUAGUCGUUUCAAGCACGCAGCAAGUAAGAAAAAAACAAGUGUCAAUCUGAUGGCUGUGACACAAGGGAAGACGGAGACCUUGCAGAACUACAUUCGAAGGUUCAAUCAAGAAUAUUUGAAAAUUCAGAACUUACCAGAUGAGACAGCCCUAACAGCCUUUUUGGUCGGGCUGAGUUCCUCGGACUUCAAAUUUAAGCUGAUCGAGUCAGGGGUUUCAACCCUCACUGAAGCCAUGGAGCGGGCCCAUAAGAAUAUACAAGCCCCAGAAGUUUGUGGCACAAGCCGUGAAAAUAAUCCACCAAAGAAAAAAAGGAAACAUGAGAAUGAACCUUCAAGGAGCCAACCAUCCAAACGGUCCAACCUGAUCACAAAUCAUGGUAACGACCCUCGAUACAACCGUAAUCGUCGACAAAUCUAUUUGGACAUUAAAGAGAAAAAUAUGUUGCCAAGGCCUCCUGUAGUUCGGACCCCCGAGGAGAAGAGGGACAAGAGACAUUGGUGCGAGUUUAAUCGCGAAUGCGGGCAUACCACAUAG